AUGCCUGCAGAAGCCACAGGCAACGAGGAUGUCUUGGCCGCACGACCGGAUCUAGAGCGUCACGGCACCCCGGCGGCGAUGCUUACGACGCGACUGAGGAGAAUGUUCGCCAGCAACGGCAACGGACCUUGGUGGCUAGCGGUGCACCUGCUGGAGAAAGGCCGGCAGAACGGCAUCAAGGAUGUCAAAGUUUACAACACCGUGCUAAAGAUGAUAGCCACGGACGAACGUAUGACGGAGGACAAGAUGAAGGAGAUGGAGCGGCUCUUCGAGCAGAUGACGGAGGACGACGAGCUCGAGCCUGAAGCUCUAACCUACAGCCACCUCAUCUACGGAUACAGCCAGGGUAGAAAAGAAGGGGAGGCGGUACGACUGCUGGAGGAGAUGACCGUCAAGGGCCUACAGCCCGAACGAAAGACCCUGUCCAGCAUGAUAGUCGCGCACUCCUGGGGCUCCGUGGAAGACAUGCGGAGAGUGUCGUCGGAGAUGCGGGAGAAGGGAUGGACGCCCACACAACGGGCGAAUUCGGCCAUGAUCGGGGCGCUCCGGCGAGCCGAGGAUUGGGAGGGGAUUUUAGAUACGACGAGAGCAAUGCUGGAGAACGGGCAGACGAUGACGGAGGCCGGUCUGGUGGUGGCCAUCAAGGCCGCCGCUAACGCGGGCAACGCCGGCUUCGCCAGGGAGCUCCUGCUGACCCAUGGCAAGAACAAGCACCGCCCGCAAGAGCAGCUCUACGUCUGCGUCAUGGUGGCCUUGAGAAACGCCUGCCAGCACGAAGAAUGCCUGGCCUGCUGGAGAGAGCUGGUGCUGCUCGAUGGCCUCGGUGAUGUUAAGCUCAACGGCAAGACGUACAACCUUGCCCUGACGUCCGCGGUGAAGAUGGAGCGUUGGGACGAGAUGGAGGCGAUUUUAGACAUGAUGCAGGCGAAAGCGGUAGAGUCCACGGUAGCCACGUGGCGGAGCAUGGUAGACGUGUGGAGCGCCGAGGAGACGGGCGACGAGGGGCGUCUUGAUCGGAUCUUCGGUGAGAUUCACAGGAGACAGUGGCGACCGGACAGAGCUGUGGGGCUGCACGCGGCUAUGGCGUACGCGAGGUGCAGGGCAUGGGUCAAGGCGAUGGCUUGGUUCGACCCUGCGCUGGCAGAGGACAACAAGCUUGGUCCAAACGAGACAGAGCUCCUGGUAAUGUCGCUGGCGGGGGUGGAGAGGUACGGGGAGGUGAAGGAGGUUUGGACGCGCAACACAGGCUCCAAGGACGCGAGCGUAUUCCGGCCGGCGGUGUUGCUGACGAUGGCCGAGGCCGCGCGGGAGCUGGACGACGCGGACUGGGCUUUGGAGUUGCACUCUGUGGCAUCGUCGAGGAGGGGGGCGGGGGUAGCCGCCCCGCGCUUGUGGCAGGACGUGGUGGGGGUGCUGACGAAGGCCGGGAGGCUGGAAGAAGCUGCGGAUGUCUUGCAGCAAACAAGACCGGGAGAUUGCGCGCCCUUGGAAACACCGGUAACUCGGGAGACCAUCUUGAGCGCGUUUAGCGACCUCGCACAUCCCGCUGUGGUGUCGGCGUUUGUGGAAGAGCUUCGCGCGGCGGGCUACGAGCCUGACGCAGCACACCUCGCAAGCUUGGGGCUGGAGAAGGCUCCUCCGGCGGGGCCGGAGGAAGGGGCGCCGCCGUUUGCGGCGGAAGGGGGGGGAUCAUGACCCUGGAAGACACGGCGGCACCCCGAACAACAAACGACGGGCGUCGUCUGGCCUUUUCGGCGAGCCACCGCUGCUGUGCUUU